AAUUGGGAUGGAAACUCCACUUUAAGGCUUCACAUUAUUUUUUUUAAAAAUGCCCCCAUUGCAGGUACAAAGGGCAGAUGUACUUUUUGGGUAUGAGCUAAUAUGAAAGUCGGAUUUUGAGGUUUUGAAGUUGGACGGUCCAUGGUCAAAGGCAAAGAAAGAACAACAGGUGAAAUUUACAGGACACAAUUCUUCAAGGAAAAAGCUACAAGAACAAAAGAUAAGGACAACAUUUUUCCAAGAAAAAGCAACAAAGGAUGACAGAUAAAAUUGGCCCUGGUCCUAUUUUUGGUGGUUGGGUGGAACUCGAAAACUAGAGUGAAGAGUGUUUGAGGGAAGAUGGAGGAAUGCUUGAACAGUACCAAAAACGUGUUCUACAUUUCAGCAUUUUCUAUCUCUGAAACUGGACAAUGUCUCCUUUUGAUUGCAGUUCUAUUGAUGUAUCUGACGACUGUCCUUGGAAACACGACCAUUGCUGUAUUGGUGUGUCGGGUUCCCCAGCUCCAUACUCCAAUGUAUUUCUUCUUGAGUAAUCUUGCUAUUAGUGAUGUUAUAUAUGUUUCAGUUACUCUUCCAAAACUUCUCUCCAUACUCCUAACACAUGACCAUUGGAUUUCGUUCCCUGCCUGUAUGGCUCAGGUGUACUUCUUCUCAUUGUCAGCUGCUUCUGAUAUAUUGUUACUGACCUCCAUGUCCUAUGACCGAUACGUAGCGAUCUGUAAACCAUUACAAUAUCCCUUACUCAUGAAUAAAGAUGUAUGCAUCUCAUUGGCUCUGUCCAUUUGGCUUAUAUCUGUGACUGUUGCAGCAAUCAAUACGUUAUCUGCAUCUCUGUUGUCCUUCUGUCUCACACAGAUUGAUAAUUUCUUUUGUGAUCUGAAAGCCUUGUAUGCAACAACCUCUAGUGAUGCUACAAGCAGAUUCAUACUUCUGUUAUGUCAGGAUGUACUGUUGGCAGCUUUUCCUUUUUUGACUAUUAUGACCUCCUACGUUUUCAUCAUCUCCACUAUACUGAAAAUCCAUUCCUCAGAGGGACGUGUGAAAGCUUAUUCCAGUUGCACCUCCCACCUCACCACAGUAAUAUUAUUCUAUGUUCCAAUCAUUAUAAUUUAUGGCAAACCAGAAUCUGAAAGUUCUAAGGAACUGGACAAGUUGCUGACUUUGCUUUAUAUGGCUGUGGUUCCAAUGCUCAACCCGUUUGUCUACACUUUGAGAAACAAAGAUAUUUUGAAUGCUAUAAAAAAUAUAAAAAGAAAGAGGAACUAGGGCAUCGGCCCUCAUCUUUGAACCUGUAUCUCAUCCUUGUGCUCUACCCAACAGGCAUAUGUGAAAUAUUUGGGUUUGGGGAACCUGAUUUUCAUUAAAUAUUUUUUCAG